UGUCUGCCUGGCCCUUUCUUUCAUCUCAUUUCAUCCCUUGCCCGAAUCGCCUUUCUCCGACCGUCACUUUUUCCCUCCUUCGUCUGUACCCGUUCGUUCCCUUUUCCCCUUUCCCCUUUCCCUCUUUCUCUUUUCCUUCUCUUCUCCCACGAACCUAAUUCAACCAACCAACCGACCGACCACCGCCCAACACUUUCUAUCAUCCAUUGUCUUCUUCGUCAUUCGUCGUCAUCGCCAUCAUCAUCAUCAUCACCAUAAUCGGCCCGCAACGUAGCACCGCGACCGCAACCGCGCCUUGCCUUGUUCGCGCCGGGCUUCGUUAUCUUUCCUCGGUUGCUUUCCCUCUCUUUCCACACCUUGACCUACCCGCGCGCGACUCACGCAGGUUGCCACGUAGGCAAGGGGGGGAAGUACUGCUCAGCAGGAAGCCGGCUCUCGUUUCUCUUUGGCCUGCUAGCCCGUCCGGCCGCCCUUUUUUCGCGCCAUCGGUUUAUUCUGGUGUUUGGACCACACACCCUCCCGCCCACUUCCAGUCAUCAUCACCAUCAUACAUCAGUCGCGACGCCCGGGCCUGAUAAGGUUCCCCGUACCAUACAUACGAGAGGAGGACCCGUAAUCAUUCCUUCUUUGGUCGCCUUUGAUCUUCUUUGAUGCUCUUCUCUCUUCUCCUUCCUCCUCCUCCUCUUCUUCUUCUCCUUUGAGCCGCCGCCGCCACCGCCGCUGGAGGAUACCACGCCAAUCACCAAUCGCCCCAACUGUCCCGCGCCGUUUCAGUUGUCUCGACGCGCUGCCUCCCGUAUCUGCCCCAUCGUAAACUCGCCCACCGAGGGGGAGGCCAACUGGCAUCUCUCUUUGUCUAUCUCUCUCUCUUUCUCUCUCUCUCAACACACACACAACCCUCUCCGGGCAAUGACCAUGAAGCGGGCUCCCGCAGGCAAGGCCGCCGCCGUGGCCCUGCCGCCGCGCAGUGGCAACCCCGACGCGCUCGACAGCCUGCCCGCCCACCCGACGCUCGACGACAUCAAGCGCGCCGAGGCCAACGUGUCGCUCGCCGAGCUCGAGGACCGCGUCAACGACGUUCGCGAGUCGUGGGACACGGACUCGCUUUUUGAGGACGUCUUUCUCGAGCUGUCGUCGACGGAGGCCAACGGCGAUAAGAAGGCCGACACCUGCUCGCCCGAAGAGGCCAGUCGCCUCCGCAGGGAGCUGCGCGAAUACGGCCCCGCCGUCUUCUGCCAGCGCACCGUCGACGCCGGCCGCUACUCGGCCAAGAAGCUGCUCACGGCCUUCAACAUCCGCGCGCCCGCCUUCCUCGACGGCCAGCCCGACGAGGCCUACUUCAGCCUCCUCUCCCUCGCCAUCUCGCGCGAGCUCUCCAAGCGCGCCAAGCUGUCGCGCUACAACUCGGUCGACGACGCCGUCGACCUCGUCCGCCGCGCCUCCAACAUCAUCGUCAUCACCGGCGCCGGCAUCUCCACCUCGCUCGGCAUCCCCGACUUCCGCUCCAAGGGCACCGGCCUCUACUCCAAGCUCGAGCACCUCGGCCUCGGCGACCCCCAGGAGGUCUUCGACAUCGACGUCUUCAAGGACGACCCCACCAUCUUCUACUCGGUCGCCCGCGACAUCGUCCCCGCCACCGACCGCUUCACCCCUACCCACCACUUCCUCGCCAUGCUGCACCGCCGCGGCAAGCUGCUCACAAACUACUCCCAGAACAUCGACAACCUCGAGGUCAAGGCCGGCCUGCCCAAGGACAAGCUCGUCCAGUGCCACGGCUCCUUUGGCACCGCCUCGUGCGUCCAGUGCGGCUUCCAGAUGGACGGCGAGGCCAUCUUCCCGGACAUCAAGGCCGGCAACAUCCCCCGCUGCCCCCGCUGCGUCCAGGCCCUGCUCUCCGGCAACGGCACCAACGGCCACCGCCGCCGCAAGCGCAAGCGCUCCGCCGGCCCGAACGCCGCCUUCUCCGCCUCCGGCACCGCCUCCUCCUCCUCCUCCUCCGGCCGCCGCAAGCCCCGCCGCUCCCAGAGCGGCGCCUCGUCCGACGACGACGACAACUCCGACUACGACCUCCCCGAGGCCGGCGUCAUGAAGCCCGACAUCACCUUCUUCGGCGAGGCCCUGCCCGACGAGUUCUCCAAGCGCCUGACCACGCACGACCGCGAAAAGGUCGACCUCGUCAUCGUCAUCGGCACCUCCCUCAAGGUCACCCCCGUCUCCGAGAUUGUCAGCUGGCUCCCGCCCCAGAUCCCCCAGAUCUACAUCUCGCGCCAGCCCGUCAGCCACAUCAACUUCGACAUUGACCUGCUCGGCGACUGCGACGUCGUCGUCGCCGAGCUCUGCCGCCGCCUCGCCUGGCCCAUGGUCCACGAGAUGGCCGUCCCCGACGCCCAGCCCAUUGACGUCGUCACCGAGCCCGGCUACCGCAGCAGGCACGCCUUUGAGGUGCGUCCGAUGCCGCCGCCGCCGCCACCGGGGAAGACGACAUCAACCAACACCACGACGAGCAAAGCGGCUACGACGACGACGACGCCUGCCAACGGUGCUGCCGGCACGGCCAAGAACGGAGCCGCCUCGGUCUCGGCCUCGGCCACGGCCACGGCCACGACCGCCAACGGCGACGUUAAGAACCGCUCUACCGCCAAGAAGCCCGUGGCCCUCCCGUGACGGACCAGCGCUCAUCACCAAGAUGUCACCACACCACCACAUGCGCGCCCACCCACACACGCACGCGCACACAUACCUCCACACAUGUCUCUAUCAACCCACCACACCACACCUCUCUUGCGAGCCACGAAUUACUGUUUCUGAUACUACACUCGAGCCCAUGUGCGGUCCGUCCUCCGCAGGCCCUUCGGUUCAUCCGUUUGUUUCUCUGGUUGUUGUUCUUCUUUCUUCCCUUGCAAGGAGUUGUGGUCUGUGCCUGUUCUUUGUCCCCCCCAAAUCGCGGGUGUCUGGCGUUUCGAACCGGCGAGAGAGAGAGAAAGGACUGGCCGGUCGGUCGGCCGGUCCAAUGGCCCGAUUGCCUCCCUUUUCCUUGCGUGCUUACUAGCUGCUUGUUCGGCCCAUCAUCCUGUUUGUUUUUUUAUUAAUCUCCCCUUUCUUUGUUUUGCCUGUUUUGAUUCCGCUGGGGUUACGAGUUUAUCUGCGUCUCCAUGGUUGGCUCUGUUCCCGAGAUCGGAUGCAGACGCACAUGCAGACGCACACGCGGGGCGGGAGUAAGUUAGUAGUAGAUGGGAAAGGGGCACGUCUAGAUUUCGCCCCCCUUGUUUUACACACACACACGCACACACACAGCGAGAGAGAGAGAGCGAGAGAUAAGAAAGAAAGACUUGCUUCGCGCCUAUACACAGUCGGUCGAUAACCCCAAGUGUUUGAUUUUUCUUUCCAAAACUUGUUCUCCCUUCUGGUCUAGAUGGUAGAUGAAAGGACAGCCAUGGAAUGGGAAUACAAGAAAAAAGAAUUUAAAACACAUUAAUGGCU